GCUGCCCGCCCGCCGCCCGCGCGCCCCCGGCAUGAUCCGCGGCGCCUGGAUGUCCCCCCGCGGGGGCGCCGCCGGCGGGGCCGUGUGCUGCGCGCCGCGCCGCAGCGACAAGCCGGUGGCCGACCCCGAGCGGGCGCAGAAAUGGCGCCUGUCGCUCGCCUCGCUCCUCUUUUUCACCGUGCUCCUCUCCGACCAUCUGUGGCUCUGCGCCGGGGCCAAGCUGNGCUUCUUCGCCUCGCCCUCCUCCAAAAGGACCUUCCUGCAGGCUUACUUCAGGAACUUCAACCUCUCCUUUUGUGAUACUUACACGAUCUGGGACCUGCUGCGGGAGAUGGCCGGCCCCGACGGCCUGGACUGCAGCCUGGACAACCUGAUGGUGGACCUGGUGGUGGCGGCGGCCGGGGCGCUGGACGGGGAGGCCUGUAGCAGCUGCGUCCAGGCGUACCAGCGGCUGGACCAACACGCUCAGGAAAAAUACGAGGAGUUCGACCUCUUGCUGGAGAAGUACUUGCAAUCGGAAGAGUACUCGGUCAGAUCCUGCCUGACGGACUGCAAGGCUGUCUACAAGGCGUGGCUGUGCUCCGAGUACUUCAACGUGACCCAGCAGCAGUGCCGGCAGCGGAUCCCAUGCAAGCAAUACUGCCUGGAGGUGCAGACCAGGUGCCCCUUCGUGUUACCGGACAAUGAUGAGCUGAUCUAUGGAGGUUUGCCUGGCUUCAUCUGUACGGGCCUGCUGGAGAACCAGCUGCCCGACGAGGAGGCCAAGUGCUGCGAGGUGCAAUGGGACUCCUGCGAACACCCCCCAGACAGCAACGAGGACACAUCCCCCAAAUCCACGGCGUCAGAGUCGCUCCAUUUCCACCGCCACGACCCCCACCUCCAUCACCAGAGGCAGAACCACUACCACCUCUACCACCACCACCACCACCAGUACCACCAGUACCACCAGCCUCACUCCCCGUCCUUGCUGCCGGUCUCUGCGGGGUCUCGCCUCGGCAGCAGCAGGAUCAGACUGUGCGUGCUGGUCCUGAUGCUCCUCCACACCAUGGUGUCCUUCUCGAGCGUGCACGGCGGCGCCGGGGGGCUCGGCCUGGAGACCCCGCCCGCCCUGGAGGAGAGCGUGGCACGGGACGAGUGACACAGAGGGCAGAGCCGACCUCCAAGGAGAACGCCAGAUCUUUUCCCAUAAGGGGGGCACAUGCUAUUCCUCCAAUGGGAGGCACGGGAUUGGGGGUGGCACACACGCACCCCCGCACAUCCCCCAAGAGCUGCUCGCGCGGGGCAUCCCCGUGGUGAAGAGUCUCUAACGCGCACAGGGCUGCGGGACCCGGCGCCAGAAGGGUUCGGGCAGGGCCAGCAUUGCCGGCCCCGCAGGCGUCGGGCGGGCAGGAACGGCACGGGGCCGGGGAGACCGAGGGGAGGGGUCCCUGGGAAUCGAAGGGUGUCCCCAUGGGACUGCCGGGUGUCCCCCGGCCGCUGCCGCGAGUGCCUUGAGUGCCCGCGCCUCCCCGCCCGCGCCGUGCCGAGGUUUGACGGUCAGCCCAGCCCUCGUUCCUUUUCUCCUGGGUCUGAAUCCCGAGGGAGCAGGCGGAGGGGCAGCACCUCCCGGCACAGCCUGGCCCACUCCUGUCCCAGGGAAAAGCCACUGGGGCUCGGGGCAGAACCACCCUGGCGGGGCGCAGUGUCCUCAGCACGGCGCUGCCUCGCUGGUGGCGUUUGGGGACAGGAGUGGGACGCUGUGACACUGCACUGUGGUACCACUCGGGGUUGGUCUCACUGCAUCCCAGCUUGCUCUUCCCGCCUUGCCUUUCCUGCUCCUCUAUGUGAGGAGGAGGAGGAGAGGGAGGAGGCUUGGAGCAGGAGGGAUGUCCCCAGCAUUCCCACAUCCCACUUUGCAAAGUGUCCUGAUGAUUUGGUGUAACCUUUUUUGUUGUCCUCCCUGGCUGGUGGGACUGGUCUCAGUGAGGAAUUGGGGAGAUGUGACUCCAGCAGCACACAGGCUGUGAGGGAGAGGGAUCCCACGUGGCAACAGUUGGAUGCAGGGAAUCCCAAAGGCAUCCUUCCAUGCUUCCCAGCUACAAAUCAUUGACUGGAUGGCAGGAGGACUGGGCAAGCGGGCUGGAGAAAUCUGGCUUGGAGGGAGAGUCUCCCACACAAAGAGGCACUAAUAAAGCCCAGCUAGGGAGGAGCAUUUUUGUGAAUAGUUUCAAUCCAUGGAUGCCCCCAGAUCCGGAAAUUUCUGGGAGCCCAGCUGGACUUGGCUGGGCAAGGUGCUGGCUGGUGUAGCCUCAUUCGGCUCACUUGGGGUGGUUUUUUAACCUGAGCUCAGCAUAUCCAGGGAUUCAGCCCCAAACAAACAUCAGAUCCCUAGGAUCUGAUCCCCAGGUCAUUUCCUAGGAAACUCCCAAUUCUCCACCCACCCACCAGAACUGCUCCCAGCAUGGACACUGCGAGGUGGUGCCUCCAGGCCAGGCACCAGGGGCUGUAAUUUGUCCUGGGUGUGGGCAGGGAAGGAAGAGAGGGUGUUUUAGCACAAGGUCACGAGUUGGGUGUGAGCCCACUCCCAGCUCCCCGAGGGGCUGGGAUGGUCCCUCUGUUUCCAGGCUGGCUCUUGACAGGAACCUACAGCAGAGCCCUGCGUGGGUCAUUGCAGGAGACAGGGAUGGAGCAGGAGGAAUGUCCUGCACCCCAAAUUGAUCUCGGAUCCCUGUGAGGGUUCAAGAAGUCCCAGAGUUGAUGAUCUGUAGGAGUUUUGUGGUUUCUGGUCUGUUGAGGUGAAGCAAAACCAAGCAGAGCCCCGUGAGCAGAGCCCCAUGAGCAAAGCUACUUCCUGCCUGGCUGGAAGAAGGAAGUACCAGGCAUCUCGUGGGAAGCACAGGUUUCCUGACAUUUCCAGCCCAUUUCCAGACCAAAGAGGCUCUGAGAAGCAGCUGAAUGUUUGAUUCCUGCUUUGACUUGAAUCUCAGAGCUUUGGGGUGAUGUUUACACACCACCAGUUGCCUGUUCCUAAAGUCCUGCAGAGACGAGGCCUGUGAUCCCAUUGUCCCAUGGUUUUUGGGGUGGGAGAGGUGGUGCUCAUGGAAGAUGGAGAGUGUUUCCAGAGCAGAUUCCCUUGCUACUGCCACCCAAAAAGUAGGAUGUCUCUCAUUUGACUAUUCCUCAUCCAUCUAAUUUCAGCCCAGUUGACACCAAUCAGAACAGUUGGACAUGGAGCAGUUCUGCAAACCGGGAUCCAAUCCCUUGGUUUUCUGUGAGCAGUGGAUUGUGGAGCUGCUCUGAGAAGGAGCAAAAGCUCCCAUGCAGGCCAGGGGAGGGAGCACAGCCCCAUCCCUGCCUCCAGACAGCCGGAUCCCGAAGGAAAUUAGAUUUCUCCUGUACUGCCAAGAGUUAAGCUAAUUCCAGGCGCCUCUCUCGGAGAUAGACUGUGUCCAAUCUCGGAGCGACUCAUCGGGAGAGAGAAGAAUGGCCCAGUGUGGUGCGUCAGCAAGUGGCCCUGAGUCACUGGCCCUGUUCAUGUGUCAUGUGUGACACUGAGCAGCGUGGCCCGGCCUCAGUCCCUGCACCACAUCCGGAUCCGGCACCUCCCUGGGGGUGCGCGUCCUUCUCCCUGCCCUGAACCCUUGUGUCCUGCUGGUGAUGGAGCGCCAGGCCAGGCUUGGGGGUGGUGAUGUGAGGCUCCCAGAGAAGUUGUGGAAGUGUCCAAGGCCAGGUU